GGAGCAGAAGGCACAAUAACACUGUAACAGCAAGGGUUAAUUCAGAGCAGAGAAGGACACAGGGACAAGGUACCGAUGGGAGUUCGGUCACAAUGGCUGCUCUAUACCAGAGCACUGACUCCUCCUCCCCAAAUAAAUGUCUGGCUCUGAAAGAUGUCAGAGAAGUGAAGGAAGAGACUAAUUUAGAUGAAAAGCUCUUUUUGCUGGCCUGCGAGAAAGGCGACUACUAUAUGGUUAAAAAGCUCCUGGAGGAGAACAGUUCAGAGGAAUUAAAUAUUAAUUCAGUCGAUGUCCUGGGAAGAAACGCUAUUACAAUAACCAUUGAAAAUGAGAACCUGGAUAUUCUACAACUUCUUCUGGACCAUGGCUGUCAGUCUCAUCAUAUAUGGGGUAGCAGGUGGUCUCCUUUUGUGAGCCCUGAUGAUGUCUAUGAUGCAGAGGGCUCUUUGUCCACAGAUGCAUUGCUGGUGGCAAUAGACUCUGAAGUGGUGGGAGCAGUAGAUAUCUUAUUGAAUCAUCGUCCAAAAUGGUCUACAAGGCCAACAAUUGUGAAACUCAUAGAGCGUAUACAGAAUCCAGAGUAUUCCACAACCAUGGAUGUGGCUCCUGUUAUUUUAGCUGCUCACAGAAACAACUAUGAGAUCCUGACAAUGCUCUUAAAACAAGAUGUCUCUCUUCCAAAACCUCAUGCUGUAGGCUGUGAAUGUACCCUGUGUACAGCCAAGAAUAAGAAGGACAGUCUAAGACACUCCAGAUUUCGGCUUGACAUUUACCGAUGCUUGGCCAGUCCAGCCCUAAUCAUGUUGACCGAAGAAGAUCCUAUUUUACGGGCAUUCGAGCUCAGUGCAGAUUUGAAGGAACUGAGUCUUGUGGAGGUGGAAUUUAGGAAUGAUUAUGAAGAGCUUGCUCAAAAGUGUAAGACCUUUGCAAAGGACUUGUUGGCUCAAGCCAGGAAUUCCAGGGAGCUGGAAGUGAUCUUAAACCAUCAGUCCAGUGAUGAACCAGUGGAUAAGAGGGGACUGCUUGAAGAGCGGAUGAACCUAAGCCGUUUAAAGCUGGCAAUCAAAUACAAUCAAAAAGAAUUUGUAUCACAAUCCAACUGCCAACAGUUCCUCAACACAGUCUGGUUUGGACAGUUGGCAAGCUACAGAAGGAAGCACACCUGCAAGAAGAUAUUGAUUGUCCUCACAGUGGGGAUUUGCUGGCCAAUCCUUUCUCUGUGCUAUCUGCUAGCCCCAAAGACACAAGUCGGCCGAAUGAUCCACACACCUUUCAUGAAGUUUAUCAUCCAUGGGGCAUCUUACUUUACUUUCCUACUACUCCUUAACUUGUAUUCCCUAGUCUACAAUGAAGAUAAAAAGAACACUAUGGGACCAGCCUUGGAGAGAAUAGACUACCUGAUCAUUAUAUGGCUUAUAGGGAUGGUUUGGUCCGAUGUGAAGCGCCUUUGGUAUGAUGGCCUGGAAGAUUUUUUGGAAGAAUCUCGGAAUCAGCUCAGCUUUGUGAUGAACUCAUUGUAUUUAGCAACCUUCGCUCUUAAAAUAGUGGCCCACAGCAAGUUCCACCACAUUGCAGAAAGAAAGGACUGGGAUGCUUUCCAUCCCACACUGGUAGCAGAAGGUCUCUUCGCUUUUGGCAAUGUGCUAAGCUAUCUGCGUCUUUUCUUCAUGUACACAACCAGUUCCAUUCUGGGACCGUUACAGAUCUCUAUGGGUCAGAUGUUACAAGAUUUUGGAAAAUUCCUUGGCAUGUUCCUUCUAGUCCUGUUCUCAUUUACCAUUGGACUAACACAAUUGUAUGAUAAAGGAUAUACAGAUGAUGAACCCAAGGACUGCGUUGGAAUCUUCUGUGAACGCCAGAGCAAUGACACCUUCCACUCGUUUAUUGGCACAUGUUAUGCCCUGUUCUGGUACAUUUUCUCGCUGGCACAUGUAGCUCUCUUUGUAACCAGAUUUAGCUACAAUGAUGAACUUCCGUCAUUUGUGGGAGCAGUAAUAGUUGGCACAUACAACGUGGUGGUUGUGAUUGUAUUGACCAAGCUUCUGGUAGCAAUGCUGCACAAAAGCUUCCGGCUCAUCGCUAACCACGAGGAUAAAGAGUGGAAGUUUGCCCGAGCUAAGCUGUGGCUGAGUUAUUUUGAUGACAAAUGUACGCUCCCCCCACCUUUCAAUAUUCUCCCAUCUCCCAAGACUAUAUGCUAUCUGUUCAACAGUCUGAGCAAGUGGAUCUGUUCCCACACUCCAUCAGGAAGGGUCAAGCGACAGAACAGUCUCAAGGAAUGGAAGAGUCUCAGGCAGAAGAGAGAUGAGAACUACCAGAAGGUCAUGUGCUGUCUGGUACAUCGAUACUUGACUUCAAUGAGGCAGAAGAUGCAAAGCACUGACCAAGCCACAGUAGAAAACCUAAAUGAGCUCCGCCAGGACCUUUCUAAAUUCCGAAAUGAGAUGAGAGACCUCCUUGGCUUCAGGACCUCGAAAUAUGCAAUGUUCUACCCCAGGAAUUAAAGACCUUAUUAUAGAACUGUCCCUUUUUGUCUACAGAGCUGUUUGUGUUGGUAUAUUCUGCAUUCAUUUGUGCCAGUAUUUUAUAUCCUUAAAACGAACACUAAACCUAAAGCUGGAUGCUAAAAGUAAACAAGGAAUCUGGUUGCCCUCACUGUUUGGCAGUCUGCAGCACUUUCUGCAUGAUCUUGACACAACAGUCUUGUGGAAAUCUUGCAGAGAACAACGGGGUUAAUCUCUUGUUGAUCUGCUUCAGCUAGAUUUGACUAGAGUCCGACAGAGAGAGCAGAGCUUAACCAACAGGCAGGGAUUAACAAUCUUUUUGUACUACUGCAGAUAGGACACAGCAGGGAGGCUCAUGCUCCGGCCACUUGUCUUACAGCCUGUCUCAGGACCAUAAGGAGGAGGAGGGGGGACAUGCAUGAGCUCCUGGUGCACAGAGAGAUUUUUCAGUUUUAUUUAAGUAUUAAUAAUAAGUAUUAAUUAUAAUAUGAGACAAAGUGGGACCACGGAAAAUACAGUAUGAAAAUAAAGGGAGCAAGAGUUGGGAAUUUUUUAAAAAUGUUUCUGAUUUCCCAGUGUUCCGUAUUGUUUUAAAUUGUACAUCUCAUUAUAGUUUUUUUUUUAAAGAAAGCAGCAGGACACAUUUUUUGAAUGUGCCAUCUUUCAGCAGUAGGUGUGGUAAGAACAUUCUCCAUGAUACUUUGGUGGGGCACCACACAAAGUUGUGAUCAGAUCCCAUGUAUCUGAAGGUGAUGUUACUUGAAUAGGAUGCUAGAAGAAUACAGAUGCAGGUCGACAAAAGUGAGGCUGCACAGUAAUGCAGCAUGUCACAGGCAGUGUGAUCAUUCCAAACCCAUGCAUGGAGGAACAGAGAUUACUUUUAUUUUUUAAGUCUUUCAUCAUCAAGAGGAAGCGGCCUGGAAAAUACUUAAUGACAUCACCGGAAUACACAGAACUAGGCAUAUUUGCAGUUGUCACCCCGUUUGUUCCUGAAUUAUUUCAUGCAAUCAUCCUAGUACAGUCCAUUCUAAUUCAUAUUUUAUUAUUCAGAAACCUACAAGAUACAGCAGUGGCACUAGACAUCAUGAUUACUGAGGAGAAUGUGCAUUAGACACCAUGGUUUUCACAGUUUCACAGAUACCGACCCAUGUGCAUUCCACAAUUUGCGGACCACACAUGGCCGCCGCUUAUCAUAGAAAAUACCUAUUCUUGUCCGCAAUUGCGAACAAGAAUAGGACAUGCUCUAUAUUUUUGACGGGGCCGAGGAACGGAACUACGGAUGCGGACAGCCCCAUUGAAAUGAAUGGGUCCAGCACCCGUUCCGCAAAAUUGCAGAACGGAUGCAAACUCAUUCGUACAGUCGUGUAAAUGAGCCCUUAAGGAGUUAUCCAAGUAUACAUUUUUCCCUUUCCCUGUGCUUCCCCUGCCAGGCCCUGCAACUUACUAUGGUACAUUUUUCUGUUUCACUCCGGAGAUCGGGAGAAACUAUUUUGUAGGUAGGGUAGGCAGAGUCCACUUCUUGUUAUAUUGAUGAUGUGUGGGAGGAAACAUUAGGAGGAGGCAGCAAGCGGAUGAUGGAGGGUCUAGUGGGCAGUGUUUAGCCCAGGGAAGGGUGUAAUAGGAGUUUACAUUUCUGGCGGAUCUGGCAGCACACAGCACUAUGGGAAGUAUGGGCUGCUGCUCUGCUACGUCCACAACCUGGAGGUUCGGGUUGUAAACAGUGGAGGGCAGGGGAGCAGUGAGACUGAAGUGGGGACUUAGGUACAUUAUUAUGUAUGUAGGAGACCAGACGAGGCUUACACAAUUAAAUUACAUUUUGUAGGAUCCUGCACAAGCCUUUUAAAGUAUGAUGACAAAAUGCAUAACAUGGUUCAUUCAACUGCUCUGUUAAGAACAGUUUAUUAUGAGGUGUAUGAUUCCUUUACAUGUAUACCUUGCUUUAUUAUGGUUCUCUGUAAAUACGGAUGUAGCAGGGUUAACACACAUGCUUUACCAGACAUGUUAUCUAAACUAAAUGCAACUAAAUGCGUUAAGCAAUUGCUUUUCAAUGGCUUUUGUUUCAAGAUAACGCAAUGAGUUAAGAAAUUUGAGUUAAGAGUGUGUGUGUUACCCCUGCUACAUCUGUACAUUGGCAUGUCAUUCAUUUCACACACAUUUAUUUAACUGAACAAAAUAUCAAAUUAUUUAUAUUGUUUGUUCCUUUGAGUCACAGUUAUUUCAUUGUUUUACAGAGCAGAAAUUCAUUAUUUCAUAUCCU